AUGCCGCCAAACAAUAAGAAGAAGAAGAAGCCCGCCUCCAAUCCAGCAAGGGGCUUUGCUACAGUCUCAGUACCGUCUAAACCAAAGGCAGAGAGUGUAGAUACACCUUCUUCUACGGCCACAGAAUCGAGAGCCACGCCACAGAACGAACCACAACCCACAAUCAAAGAGAAUGCCCAUGCAGAUGCAGGCGCACCAAAACCCGACCCCUCAUUAAAAAAUUAUUCUCCAGAAGAGAUUGAUAAGCAUUUGGAAGAGGCAGAAUUGCAGAUUUUGGUAGACAAAUAUGCGGCAAAAUGCAAGAGCGACGCAGUGCGACAAGCCACAAAGCUCGAUACAGAGCGGCGUCUCUUUCGCCAGCAAUCAGUGUCAUUGGGUCUGAUCGAUUGGCUUCCGAGCGAAGUACAGGACAGGAUUUUGGAGCUGGCUGAUUCAGAAGAGCACGAUUAUCUUACGUCAAGUGCACGGAAUGGCACUACAAAGCAAGAAACCUCAGAGGAGGAACUACUGGGGAGGCUCUGGACACUACAGGAGACGCUAUUCAAGCUUGGAUUCACAGAAGAUCGUGUUCAAGAAGCACUGAAGCAUGUUCUUACGUACUUCAAAGAAGUGCCCAUGAUUGCUAGUCGGGAUAUUGCAUGGAAUUUGGACGAGACUUUGGAAUGGCUGGCAAGACACACCGAUAAGAAAGACCUUCCUUCAUACACCCAAACAGCGUCUCGCUCGCAAAAAGAGACUGAAGUCACAUCUUGGAUGAUUGAACCAUCAAAAUCAUCUACCUCCAAUAAAACCUCGAAUGGAAGCAAGCAGGAAAAGCCCAAGGCCGACUGGAAAGCUGCCAAGGUUGCGCCUCCAGUUUCCUAUGACUCCGAUACCUCGAUUGAUCCGGACACUAUGGUCCCUGAGUGGUUGGACUUGCAGACAAAGCUCUACAGUCUCCAACCUGACCUCUUCGAUCGUCCAGGGAAAGGCAAAAAGGGCCGAAUGGCAGCACCCAGCCAGUCAGAGGAUGCUGAGGUGGCUAAGUUGCAACGCAAAAUCGCUAAGAUUGAACGCGAUGUACUCUUUGAGCGCCAAGAAGCGGAAUACAUCUGGAAAGACAAACUAGAGGAGCUCCGUAAGGAUGCUGCAUUUCUGCGCCGACCGGUGGAGCGGAAGAAGGAUGCACAGGAGACCGAGCCAGAACCAGAAGAUCCUAAUCUUACUGUCCCAUCGCUUGAGGAAAUGGAUGAGGCUGAGGGACUCCUUGGUGGCAUGUUCCAGGAUGAACCUGAUAGUACAGGGUCAAUAUUAGGUCUUCCACCUCCUGAUGGAGGGGUGAAGAUCACACUUCGAGACUUUGGCAAGUCCACGGGUCUGAGUCCGCGGCGAGUCCUGGAAGAAACCUGCAAAUCGAGGGAUGCCUCAUGCAAGGUGGUCUACCAGGACUUUUCGACUUCCGGCCAUCAAAUUCGGAAAGCCGUUGAGGUCCGAUGGUCUAAGCCGCAAGAGAGUCCGUUCUCAUUGGAAGUGGAAUCGGUUACCCAUAAAUCCAACGCAAAUGCCACAUAUGUGUCGAUGGACUCGCUCGCAACGCCAAAUACCCAGCAAGCUGAGGCAUACGUCUCAACGCUUGCUCUGUUCAUUCUCUUUCCUCAAAACUCCAAGGAGGGCAAAGCCUAUCUGCGGAUCCCCGCUGUCUGGAGAGACCUUUGGACUGAACUCUCAAACUUGAAGAAAAUUCAAGAGGAUGAAAUCGACAAAUCCACAAUCAAGAGUCUAAAAGUCCUUGUACAGGAGAAUCAAGGCACCUUUGAGGAUGAUGUUGUACUUUUGGACAACUUCCGCAAGAGGAACGGCAUCGGUUCCAAACCGGGCAGUCCCUUGAAAGGAAAUAUUCGGGAGAACUACAUCGAUCAAAGUGAGAGGCUUAGGGAAGCAUGGGAAGCCAAGGCAUCUGCGCCAUCUUUUCAUAAGAUGAUGCCGGGUAGAAUGAAUCUUCCGAUCUGGAGCUUCAAAGAUGAGAUUCUGCACACCUUGGAUAUGCACCAAGCAUUGAUUAUUUGCAGUGAGACUGGAAGUGGAAAGAGUACCCAAAUUCCAUCCUAUAUCCUGGAACAUGAGAUGCUUCAGGGCCGUCCCUGUAAAGUUUACGUAACAGAACCACGCCGAAUCUCUGCAAUAUCGCUUGCUCGACGAGUCAGUGAGGAGCUUGGAGAGAGCAAAAACGAUGUUGGAACCACACGGUCCCUGGUCGGUUUCGCCGUAAGGUUGGAAAGCAAAAUUAGCUCGGCCACUCGACUUGUCUAUGCGACUACUGGUGUUGUCGUGCGCAUGUUGGAGCGACCGGAUGAUUUCCAAGAUGUCACACAUGUUGUUCUCGACGAGGUUCACGAGCGGACGAUCGACAGUGACUUCCUUCUGGUCGUUCUUCGGAGAUUGAUGCAGAAGCGCCCUGAUCUGAAGCUCAUCUUGAUGUCUGCGACACUUGAAGCACAGCGUUUCUCCACCUAUCUUGGAGGCGUCCCCGUUCUCAACAUUCCGGGACGAACUUUCCCUGUGGAAAUGAAAUACCUCGAGGAUGCUGUUGAGAUGACAAACUACCGUCUUUCUGAGGAUGAUUCGACAUACACCACCCAGGAGGAUGACAUUGAUGAGACUGAAGACUCCAAUGCUGACACUGCUGGAGGGUUACAAGCUAGCCUAGAUGGAUACUCAAGGCAAACACGAGAAACCGUGUCCAAGUUCGAUGAGUACCGGUUGGACUAUCAGUUGAUCAAGAGAUUGCUUCUCAGAAUUGCAACUAGCCCUGAUAUGGAAUACUAUAGCAGAGCUAUUCUGGUUUUCAUGCCUGGUCUAGCAGAGAUUCGUCGUCUAAAUGAUGAGAUCCUCUCCGAACCAACUUUCCAAAGGGGAUGGAUUAUCCAUGCACUGCACUCCUCGAUUGCUAGUGAAGACCAAGAAAAGGCGUUCAAUGUGCCACCCGAGGGCAUGAGGAAGAUUGUGAUUGCUACUAACAUUGCAGAAACCGGUAUCACAAUCCCAGACAUCACCGCAGUGGUCGAUGCAGGAAAAGAGAAGAUGAUGAGAUUCGAUGAACGACGACAGCUCUCUCGGCUCGUCGAGUCAUUCAUCUCCCGUGCGAAUGCCAAGCAAAGACGUGGUCGAGCUGGUCGUGUACAGAAGGGUAUCUGCUUCCAUCUUUUUACCAAGCAUCGACAUGACAAAUUGCUGGCUGAACAACAAACACCAGAGAUGCUCCGACUUUCUCUCCAAGAUCUGGUUUUGCGAGUCAAGAUCUGCAAGCUGGGCGAAGUAGAAAAAACCCUACUGGAGGCCCUGGACCCGCCUUCAUCCAAGAACAUUCGACGAGCCAUCGACUCGCUCAAAGAAGUGAAAGCCCUCACCAGCGGCGAGAGCCUUACACCCUUGGGAUCCCAGCUAGCAAAGCUGCCUCUCGAUGUGUUUCUCGGAAAACUGAUCAUCCACGGUGCUUUCUUCAAGUGUCUGGAUGCAGCAGUCAGCAUUGCAGCCAUUCUGUCUUCCAAAUCACCAUUCGUCAAUACCAUGGGAUCAAAUUCACAGCGUGACGCCGCACGCAACUCAUUCCAAAGAGGUGACUCGGACCUACUUACUGUGUACAACGCUUACUGCUGUUGGAAACGAGCACGUAGUACUCCUGGCAUGAGUGAAUUCUCCUUCUGUCGCAAAAACUUCCUCAACCCACAGACUCUCCUCGGUAUUGAAGAUAUCAAAAUGCAACUGAUAGUCUCAAUCGCCGACGCCGGUCUUCUAAGCUUAGAUCCAGCACAGAAGACCGCUCUGAGCAGAGCUCGAUCAGGAGGACGAAACCGCCAAUUCUUCACAAUCCCUGAAGAACAUAACCUCAACAGCUCCAACGACGUGGGCUGGCGCAACGUCGCAAAUAAUCAGACUGUCACCCUCCACCCAACAUCAAUCAACAAGCACGCCGAUUCAGCCAUCAAAUGGCUCUCGUAUUACCAUAUCAUGCAAGCGCGGAACAGGAAUCUAAAUGCACAUGAAACAAGUGCCGUGGAUGAUUUCGCUAUUGCUUUACUAUGUGGUGAAGCGGAGUUCAAGAUGUACUCGGGUGUUAUCUCCAUCGAUGCCAAUCGAAUCCGUUUCGCACUACGAGAUUGGAAAUCUAUGCUCGCGCUUAAGAUUCUCAAUUCGAGACUUCGAGAAAUUCUUGCGUCUACGUUUAAGAAUCCGCAUAAACCGCUUUCAUACAAGCAGCAGCAGUGGCUUGAUAUUUGGCAACUUAUUUUCUCUCAAGCUGGAAAGCGCUAA